AUGAGUAAAAAUAAUGGGAAUCAAUCCUCACGUAAGGAUGAUAUUCUCCUCGGACAGUACAAGUAAAUCGAUAAAUUAGGUUCUGGAACGUUCGGUAAUGUCUAUAAAUGCGUUGAUAUGAAGAGCGGAGAAACAGUAGCCAUUAAAAAAUUAAAAAAACCCUAUACGACUUAAGAGGAUGCAUUUAGUCUUCGCGAGAUUUAGGUAUUAUAAUAGUUAUCACAUCAGAAUAUUGUUCAAAUGAAAAAAUGCGACCUUGUAGACAAUCGUGUAUAUAUGGUCUUUGAACAUUUGGACCACAACUUGACUGACUUUAUGCGCGAAAAAAAAUAAAAAGAUAAUAGAAAUUUGUCUGAGAAUGAAAUCAAAGUCAUUAUCAAAUAAAUACUCUAAGGUCUAGACUAUAUGCACUCUAGAGGUUUUAUCCAUAGAGAUAUUAAGCCAGAAAACUUUGUAAUAUCAACCAAAACGUUUGAAGUAAAGUUGAUCGACUUUGGAACUGUUAGAGAUCUUGGAAAAGCAAGUGGACCUUUGACUACUUACGUAUCUACAAGAUGGUAUAGGAGUCCUGAAUAGGUAUUAAGGUCUAGUAGUUACAAUCAGACAACUGAUAUCUUUGCAGUAGGCUGUGUUAUGGCAGAAUUAUUCAAUCAGAGCCCACUAUUCCCUGGAGCUAAUGAACUAGAUUAACUAGAUUAGAUAUUUAAGCUUCUUGGAACUCCAAGAUUGGAGUAGUGGAGAGAAGGAUACAAAUUGGCUUAAAAAAGAAAUAUUAAACUUGAAGAAAUGGCUUAUAAGAAGCAACCGAUGAAAAAUUUAAUCCCUUCUGCAAGCUCAGAUGCUCUUGAAAUUUUCAAACUUAUGUUCAAAAUCAAUCCUGGGAAAAGAGUAACUGCAUAAUAACUGCUCUAAGAGCCAUAUUUCAAAAAUUGUAACUUGCAGCAAUUCAUAUCGAGUUUAAAUAUCACUUCGCCUAUUUCUGCAAGGAAAAUAGAUCCUAAGUCUGGGAGUUAAAAUUAUUAUCAGUAAGAAUCGUAACCUCCUCCUUUAAUAAAACCUAUCUUGAAACCUAAACCAUAAUAAUUGAGAAGGGAUUCAUUCAAGUAAGUUAAAAAUAGAGAGUCAAUGCCAGUAGUUUAAACAUAAGCAAAGGUUUAAUUAGAGGAAAAUAAAAAUAAUUUAGUAGCACCUAGAGUAAGUGUUGCUCCACUUUAAAAAUUUCAAAGUGAAAUGCAAUAUAUUCCAAAUUACUUUGAAAACGAAAUUCCUAAGCCUGUCUAAUUUUAACCUGGAAUAAAUUUUUCACUAAAGUCAGAAGUAGAUAAAAAUCGUUAUAAUAGCAAUAAAACUGAUCUUGAUGAAGCAUUUUAGAACGAUUUUUCAGGUUUCAAAAGAAUAUCAGAUCCCUCUACUAAUGCUAAUUCAGAUAUUAUUAGCUACAAAGGUUUGCAAGCAUUCCCUAUGAGAAAAGAUGAACCACCAUCCUUUGCUAAAAGAAUGGAGGAUGAGCGCAAAAGAGCAUCAAAUGUAUCUGAAACAAGUUAUUCUCAAUUUGAACAAUCCCAAAUUUAGUCUCCAAAAAAGUUGGAGAAUAAUCCAUCAUCUUAAAUGCUGUCUCGAGUAGGUUCACAGAGCAUUCUUUAAGGCAGUGGAAGUUCUAUGCUCCUUAAUCCUAAUAGAUACAUAAAUAUGAACCUCUCUGUAAAAAUUGAUAAAUCAAACUAUCCAAAUAUCAGCAGCAAUAAUAAUAUCAAUAACAUACAAUCUCCAUAAAUUUCACCAAUGGUUAGUAUUUAAUCAAUGAACAAAUUAUCACAGUAAAAGGGGAUUGGCGAAAAAACAUUUUAAAAUUAUCAAAAAGAUUAAGAAGAAAAAAUAGAAUCUUUUAACUUGACUAAAAACGAUUAUUUUGCGGAUAACAUCUUAUCACCUGGUUUAGCUAGGCAAUCUUCUAAGCCAGAUAAUCUGUUUAAUUUUAGCUCAAACAGAGAUAUUUUUUCACCGUUUUAAAACUCAAAUAUGUAAAUAAGUAAGCAAGAUUCUAACGAUUCAAUGAACACUAAUGACACUAUCAAUACUGUCAAUAAAUUCGUCAACUAUUACUAGAAUUCUAAUGCUCAAGCUGCAAACAAUUCUAAGUCAAAUUCACCUACUUAUCAAUACAGAGCAGGUAUAGGUCUAGACAAGGUAGAGGAAACUAGAGAGGAACAUGAAUAUUAUAAGCACUAAAUGCCUCGCACAAAUCAUAGUUAUAAGCCAUCUAUGUCUCGCAUUGGCAGUGAGCCAAACAGUGGAGUCUUUUUCAAUAAAGGGAGCAGCACUUUUGUAAAUAAUGCAGCCUAGAAUAUUUUUGGAAGCCCUAAUCCAGGUUUCAAAAAUAUUUUCCCUCUCACUACUAAUAAUAGAAGAGGGGAAGAUUCAAAUGCAACAACAUCAAGAUUAGAAACUCAGAGCACAAAUGAUCAAAUAUUAAAUGGAGUGAUGAAUAGGUAUCGUAUGUAAAUAUAAAUUUGA